GAGAGAGAGAAGGAGUAAUAACUAUACAGACGUACAGCCAUCCUGAAGAAAAGAUUAAGAUUCUGCUGUUCAAAGUCAGGUCUGACUUGUGUUUCCUGGUUCUUUCUCUACACCAGCAUGAGUUCAUCAAAUGAAGGCUCCAUCUCUCCAGUUAUCACAGAACUGAGGAUCGUCCUGCUGGGGAAGACUGGAUCAGGAAAGAGUGAUACAGGGAACACCAUCCUGGGGUGGGAAGCUUUUACCUCAGGGAUUUCUCUGUCCUCUGUUACAACCACAUGUGAAAAAAAAAACGCACACUUAGACAGAAGAACUGUGAGUGUGGUGGACACCCCCGGUGUGUUUGACACAAAGAUGAAUGAAGAGCAGUUAAAGAGUGAGAUAGAGAAAUGCAUCAUGCUGUCUGCCCCAGGACCACACAUAUUCCUGCUGGUGAUGAGAUUGGAUGUACGUCUGACAGAAGAGGAGAAGACUUCUUUCAAGUGGAUCAAAGACAACUUUGGAGAGGAAGCCUCCAAAUACACACUGGUGCUCUUCACUAGGGGAGAUGUGCUGAAGGACAAGUCUGUUGAGGCUUGCUUACAGGAAAGUCCUGAGUUCAAAAAGUUCAUCAGAGACUGCACAUCUGGCUACACUGUGUUUGACAACACACGCAAGGAAAAUCACACCCAGGUGGCUAAUCUGUUUGAAAAGAUAGACAAGAUAGUGCAGUUAAAUGGUAACCAUUACACCAGGAUCAUGUAUGAAGAGGCUCAGAAAAAGAUUAAAUCAAAGGAAUGGUGGAGCAAGUUGGGAGGCUACUUGAAAACUGCAGGGACUCAUGUGGCUGCGGGAGUAGCAGUAGCAGCUGCCCCUGUAGUUGCACCAGCUGUCCCUAGAGUUGCUGCUGCUGCUGCUGCUGCUCUAGUGAAGAGGCUACUUCCAUAA